AUGUCCAUGAACGGUCAAACAGGAGGGGAGCCCAUUGCGAUUGUGGGAAGUGCUUGUCGAUUCCCCGGUGAAGCUACUUCCCCAUCCAAGCUUUGGGAAUUACUCAAAGAUCCCCGAGAUGUCUUGACUGAAAUACCCAAAAUUCGAUUCAAUCCCGACGCCUUCUAUCAUCCAGAUAGCUCUCAUCAUGGAACAAGCAAUGUCCGACACUCAUAUGUCCUUUCGGAUGACCACCGGUUAUUCGACGCCCAGUUCUUUGGAACCAAACCUGUGGAAGCAAAUGCAAUUGAUCCUCAGCAACGUCUGCUAUUAGAGACAGUAUACGAGAGUCUUGAAGCAGGCGGGCUGCCAAUGGAGAAAUUGCAAGGCUCUGACACUGGUGUGUAUGUGGGUUUGAUGACGAAUGACUAUUCGGAUCUCAUAGGCAGAGAUAUUCAGAGCAUUCCUGCAUAUUUCGCGUCUGGAACAGCUCGAAGUAUCCUCUCCAACCGCAUCUCCUACUUCUUCAAUUGGCAUGGUCCAUCCAUGACCAUUGACACCGCUUGCUCUUCAAGUCUGGUUGCGAUGCACCAAGCAGUGCAAAGCUUGCGUGCCGGAGAGACAAGAAUGGCCGUGGCAGCUGGAACGAAUCUCCUCCUUGGCCCUGAGCAGUAUGUCGCUGAGAGUAAGUUGAAAAUGCUCUCCCCCACGGGACGAUCGCGCAUGUGGGACAAGGGUGCAGACGGAUACGCUCGAGGUGACGGUAUUGCGGCUGUCGUUCUUAAGCCACUCAGCCUUGCACUCGCCGACGGUGACAAUAUCGAGUGUAUAAUUCGCGAAACUGGAACCAAUCAAGAUGGGCGAACAAAGGGAAUCACGAUGCCCAACCCGCAUGCUCAGGCGGACUUGAUCAGGUCCACCUACUCCAGAGCGGGACUUGACAUAACCAAAGCUAGUGAUCGCCCUCAAUUUUUCGAGGCCCAUGGAACAGGAACCCCUGCUGGAGAUCCGGUCGAGGCAGAAGCCAUUAGCACAGCCUUUUUCGGACCUAAAGCAAAUUAUUCUCGAAAGUCUGAUGAAGAGCCGCCGCUUUUCGUGGGAUCUAUCAAAACUAUAAUUGGACACACGGAAGGCACGGCGGGGCUGGCGGCAGUAAUCAAAGCGUCACUGGCAUUGCAGCAUGGUGUCAUUCCUCCCAAUCUCCUUUUGAACGAGUUGAACCCGAAUGUGAAACCCUUCUAUAAUGAUCUUCAAAUCAUACAGAAGGCCCAGGAUUGGCCCCAACUCCCAGAUAAUGUAGUUCGCCGUGCCAGUGUGAACAGCUUUGGGUUUGGUGGUGCAAAUGCUCACGCGAUCCUGGAAUCCUUUGAAGAUUCAAAUGGCAGUGCGAGAGUAGACUCCACUUCUCCUCCAUUCACACCAUUCAACUUUUCCGCCUCGUCAGAAAAGUCACUUGCGACCACGCUGGGUAGAUAUUGCGCAUACCUAAAGGGUCAGCCAAAAGUGGAUUUGCGCGAUUUGUCAUGGACUCUGAACUGUCGUCGCUCUACGCUUCCAGUCCGAGUGACAAUUUCAGCGUCCGGUGUUCCAGAUCUCAUUGCCAAGUUGGACAGGGCUGCACAGUCACCCGAGGACUUUACGCCGGCUUCCAAAACAUCAAGCAUCAAACGUGCCAAGCUGCUAGGUGUAUUCACUGGCCAAGGUGCUCAAUGGGCCCGAAUGGGAGCAGAGUUGCUUGGGUCAACCCUGGGGGCCGCGUGUAUUGCCCGCCUUGAUUUUGCUCUUCAGAAUCUCCCACAAGAGCAUCGCCCUAAUUGGCUGCUCAAAGACGAGAUACUGAAAGAUGCUACGUCAUCUCGCAUAGGUCAGGCUAUGUUCUCGCAAACCCUUUGCACGGCGAUUCAGGUAAUGUUGGUUGACCUACUUCGUGCGGCUGGUAUUGUAUUCACUGCUGUAGUCGGCCAUUCAUCGGGAGAGAUCUCGGCUGCUUAUGCUGCUGGGUACCUCACUGCAGAAGAUGCAAUCAAAAUCGCCUACUAUCGUGGGUGGGCUUUGCAGUACUCCGGUGACACCAAUGGGGUCAAAGGAGCAAUGAUGGCGGCUGGGACGUCCAUUGAAGAUGCCCGGGAACUUUGCGAGAUGCCGACUUUGGAGGGGCGCAUCUGUGUCGCCGCGAGCAACUCCCCUGCCAGUGUCACGCUUUCUGGCGACAUGGAUGCCAUCGAGGAGGCAAAGGAGGUGCUUGAGGAUGAAAAGAAAUUUGCGCGGUUGCUCAAAGUUGAUAAAGCUUAUCACUCUCACCAUAUGAUACCGUGCGCCGCUCCGUAUAUUGAAGCCCUUCAAAAUUGCAAAAUCAGUAUCCAAAAUCGGUCGGAUGUUGGUACAACAUGGAUCUCCAGUGUCUAUGGGAAGAACAUCGAAGAUGUUACUGAUAGCCUGGUGGACACAUACUGGAGCAACAACAUGGUCAAUCCCGUUCUCUUCUCACAGGCUAUGAGCUAUGCAACAGCUGCACUCGGACCUUUUGAUAUGGCGGUCGAAGUUGGCCCUCACCCGGCACUUAAAGGUCCAGCUUUACAAACAAUUCAAGAGGUUUCUGGCAACGAGAUUCCCUAUACUGGAACAUGUAACCGGGGAAAGGAUAGCAGAGAGGCUUUAGCGUCUGCGCUCGGAGCACUGUGGAUAUCUCUCGGCGAAAAUGCUGUGGAUUUUGCGAAAUUUGACAACUCGACCCUUUCAGGUGGGUCAAGGCGGCUUGUGACAGGACUACCAACCUAUGCAUGGGAUCAUGAUAGAGUUUACUGGCAUGAAUCUCGCCUCUCCACAGAAUUUCGAGAGGGCGGCGAGAAGUUUCAUUCUCUGCUCGGAGUCCAAUGUGCAGAUGGCACACAGAAAGAGAUCCGGUGGCGAAACUACCUUCAUACUCGAGAAAUUCCGUGGCUCACCCACCACCAAGUACAGGGGCAGAUGGUGUUUCCAGCAGCAGGCUAUAUAUCUGCAGCUGUGGAGGUUUUGAAUGAACGUUACGGCAUUCCAUCAAUUAAGUUGAUUGAAUUGCAGGAUUUCAUCAUUGGCCAAGCCCUGGUGCUAGAAGAGAAUGCCGGGGUUGAGGUUAUAUAUGCUUUGAACAUUUCUGAUGAGCAGGAUGGCUCCGUGACGGCAGACUUCAACUGCUACUCCGAUGCAAACAGAGGAUCCUCAAACAUGUCGCUGCAUGCUUCUGCUAAGAUCAAGGUUACUCUCGGUAAUCCAAGCUAUACUGAUCUACCACUGGGCAGUGAAUCCCAGGAUUCAUUCUUGGAAGUUGAGACUGAUCGAUUUUACAACUUUGUUUCCGACCUUGGGUUCGGUUACACGGGUCCAUUUCACGCGCUUUCAAACCUGAAAAGGAAAAUGGAUCAUGCUACUGGGGACAUCGCGGUUCCAAUGGAAGGCAGCACAGGAGGGCAUUUGCUGGUUCAUCCUGGAUCGCUGGAUGGUGCGAUCCAGGCAAUUAUGCUAGCGUACUCCUUUCCUGGCGAUGGUCGUCUGCGCACUCUCUACCUCCCUACCAAGAUUGACAGCAUCCGGAUCAACCCGGCCCUUUGCUUGGAAUUGGCAGGUCCUGGUUCGAACCUUCAAUUUCACUCUUCGGUCGUGAGUGCUCGGUUCUCCGAGCUUUCUGGAGAUGUGGACCUAUACACAUCCGAUGGCCAAUACACAGUUGUGCAACUUCAAGGGCUCCACACAACUCCUCUCACUCCUUUGACAGCAGCUACUGAUGUUCCAAUGUUCACCGAGAUUCAGUGGGCCUCCGAAGAGGCGACAGCGUGUGAUAUUGAUUUCGACGUGGAAUUCACAAAUCAAGCAGAGCUGUUAGCAAUGGAGCGUGUUGCGCACUUCUAUUUGAAAAAUCUCCACCUAUCCAUUGAUGAGUCCGAAAAUGCAGCGGUCGAAACGCACCACAGUCAUCUUCUGUCAUAUUCCAGCCACUGUGUCUCAAUCGUGAAAUCUGACCAGCACCCCUGGGUCCCAUCGAAGUGCAGUGACGACACUGCGACCGACAUUGCGCGAUUGCUUUCCAGAUAUCCGGAGAGCAUUGAUAUGAAAAUCAUGAGGCGAGUUGGCGAGGCACUGCCUUUGAUUGUCCGUGGGGAAGUCAACUUACUUGAAAUUCUCAUGCAAGACAACAUGUUGAGCCAAUUCUAUUCUGAAUCAUCUGGAAUCCAAUUUUACCUGCAACACAUGUCCCGAAUCUGCGGUCAGAUCAGCAAUCGCUAUCCCCAUCUUAAUGUUCUGGAAAUCGGUGCCGGCGCUGGGGAGAAUACUGAAUGGGUGUUGCGAGGGAUUAACAAGGGCUUUGCUUCCUACACCUACACAGAUAUCUUGGAUGGUCAGUUCGAUGAGGCACAAGACAGGUUUCAAGAGCACCAGGCCAAGAUGGCAUUCAAAGUCCUGGACAUUGAAUCCGAUAUUACAGAACAAGGAUAUGCCCCAGAAUCAUAUGACCUGGUGAUUGCUUCACUUGCGCUCUAUGCGACAAGCAAUAUUGAGAAAACACUAUCCAAUGUCCGCCGUCUCAUCAAACCCGGCGGCUACUUGUUGCUUUUGGAGUUGACGAACCCAAAUGUGAUGAAAUUUGGUCUCAUCUUUGGUGGACUUCCAGCAUGGUGGAUGGGUCAUUCCGAGGGACGUACUUUGUCACCGUGUGUAUCCACCGAGGUAUGGGAUGAUUGCAUGAAAAAAGCUGGAUUCUCAGGCAGUGAUGUCUCUAUAAACUCGCCACCAGGUCUACCCGUUCCAUUUUCGGUAAUGUUGACUCAGGCUGUCGAUCAACGAUUGAGCUUUUUGCGCAACCCCUUAGCUCCCACUAAUGAGACACUGGGGAUCGAAUCAUUGACGAUCAUCGGCGGCCAAAGCUCUUUCACGACCUCAUUAGCCUUGGAUGUAAGGCACGCAAUUGGCAGUCAUUACAAGAAAAUCGUGUUUUACUCUUCAUUGGCGGAUAUUUCCUCGGCAGACCUUCGAGUCAUGGGCUCUGUGCUCUGCUUGUCUGAGUUAGAUGAGCCGGCUCUUCUUUCGAUGUCACGACAAAACUUGAAAGGUUUCAAAGUGCUUUUCGAGAAGAGCAAAAACAUCCUAUGGGUCGGUCACGGUGCACAAGGUGAUAACCCAUCUGCCAACAUGAUCGUUGGUGUUCAACGGACACUCCAGGUUGAAAUGCCUCAUCUAAGAGUGCAGUUCAUGAACCUUCACUCUCUAAAGGAUGCAAAUUCGGAUCUUAUAUCCAGAAAGAUCUUACAGCUUGAUGCUACGGACAUCUGGGAGCAGAAAGGCCACCUCCAAGAGAUUUUGUGGUACAGAGAACCGCAGAUCACUUUGCGCGAUGGGAGCUUUUUUAUCCCUCGAUUAAAACUGCACACCGAAAGAAAUGACCGGUAUAACUCCUCCAAACGGCUUGUUGUGAAGAGUGUGCAGCGAAAGUCCUCGGUUGUCGUGGUAGACAGAUCCGAUGGUUACUAUCAAGUCUUGGAAGGAAAAUACCCGUGCUCCGGGCCAUCGGACAGUCGCGUGCGAAUCCAGGUCACGGAAUCUCUGCUGCGCCCGCUCAUGAUCAAUGAAACAGAUCAUCUAUUUCUGGUUGCUGGAAAAGAGUGUGAAACAGGUGUUGAUGUAGUCGCACUUUCGGAAACUCUUUCUUCCUGCAUAGACAUCCCAACAUCUUGGCAGGUGCAAUGCAGGAGCUCAAAGAACGAACCUCGUCAGUCGAUGAUAAGUCUUUACUCACAUUUCAUUGUCCAGGCGCUCUUCCGAAAUAUCCUCCCUGGAAGUACCAUUGCUGUCCUGGAACCCGAUUUUUCACUGGCGGCGGUGCUUGAACAACAUGCAACGCGAAGAGGUAUCCGGCUGGUUCUUUUCACCACAGAGAACAGGUUCUGUUCGCAGCCCUGGGUCUUUAUCCACAAAAACUCUGCGCGACGUGAAAUAAAGGCAAUGACACCACCAAAUGUCGUCAGGUUGUUCAAUUUCGCUGGCGACCAUGACGUGCUGUCGCGCCUUCAGGAUAGCUUGCCAGAUGAGUGCCGACUGGAAACCGAGCGCACUUUGACAAUGCAAUAUUCCAAUUACUCCCCUAGCCCGACUGGAGAAGAUGAUGUCGGUUUCCAGCUACAGAAUUUGUGGUCUAAGGUUCAAAUUGACCAGGGCCCCGUCAAUCUGAACAGACUUCCAAAUCUCACCCUUGCAGGUCUUAUCGACAGCCAGCCAAGCUCGGGUAAACAGGCUCUCCUCACCUGGGAGGAUAAGAACCUGCCGCUUCAGGUGUUCCCCGCGACAUCUAUUGUCAAAUUCGACAAAAACAAAACAUAUUGGCUCGUUGGGCUCACAGGAGGACUUGGCCUUUCUCUAUGCCAGUGGAUGGCUAGCCAAGGUGCCCGGUAUAUUGCUUUGUCGAGUCGUAAUCCAAAGAUCGACCCAAAUUGGAUACUCCAAAUGGCUGGGAACGGAUGCACAGUCCGCGUUUUUGCCAAUGAUAUUACAAACCGUGAGUCUGUGAGGAGCACUUACGAUCAGAUUGUCAACUCAAUGCCACGAAUUGGCGGUGUUGCACAGGGCGCCAUGGUUCUCCAAGACACCAUGUUCCUAGAUCUCGACCUUCCUCGGCUUGAGAAAGUUCUGCAGCCCAAGAUUCAAGGUAGUAUUUUGCUCGAUGAGCUCUUUUCUGAGGACACUCUAGAUUUCAUGGUAUUUUUCUCGUCUAUGGCUUCGAUCACGGGAAACCCUGGACAAGUCGCAUACAAUGCUGCAAACAUGUUCAUGGCUAGCUUAGCCGCACAGCGUCGGAGUCGUGGAUUAGCCGGGUACGCCAUCAACAUCGGAGCCAUUGUCGGCAAUGGCUAUGUCACACGAGAGCUGAACAUGGACCAACAAUCAUAUCUAUACCGAGUCGGUCAUACCUGGAUGUCGGAGCAAGACUUCCGGGAGGUAUUUGCAGAAGGAGUUCUUUCCUGCAUUGAAAGAACGGGCAGCUCAGAGCUGUGUAGUUCAUUGAGGAUUGACGAGGACGAGUCCAAAAACUGGGUCGCAAAUCCCAUUUUCCAGCAUUUGGUAAUAAAAUCCAACUCGUUUGCUGCGACGGGCAAGAAAAACAAAUCGGGAGUUAUUGUUAGACUGCAACUGCUCGACGCCACCUCCAAGGAAGAGGUUUUGGAGAUUCUACAAGACGUUUUCACAAUCAAACUGCGAUCUGCCCUUCAGACCGACCCGGACAAAGCGAUUCUGGACUUGAGUCCGGAUGAAUUGGGUGUCGAUUCACUUGUCGCUGUAGAACUUCGAUCUUGGUUCAUCAAGGAGAUUGCCGUUGAUAUGCCAGUGCUGAAGAUUUUCAAUGCAGCAUCAAUUCGAGAUCUCUUAGAGUCGGCGGCCAAUCUUCUGCAAGAUACGCUGAUUCCUAACGUGAAGAAGGAUGAGGAAGCUGUCUCGAAAGCUCCUGUAACUAUGCCUCCUCGUUCACCCCAGAUAGGCUCCCUGGAACCUGAGUCUGCACAGGAUACGCCGACCUCAGAGUCUAGUGAUGAUAUCAAGGCCUUCCACUUGGAGUAUUCUCCAUCACAUGAUAUUGGCAGUGCAAGUUCGGUGACAUCUGCCCGAGCCGGUGAUUCGAGCUCGGAGCAGAAUGAUGAGGCAUCUUCAUCUGCAAGCUCUGUUGAGGAUGUCACAGAUGUUGAUCUUGAUCAAAAACGACAAAUUCAACGAACCCUUCCCAUGUCGCACGGACAGUCACGAUUCUACUUUCUAAAAUCAUUCGUUGAGGAUCAGACUGCAUUCAAUGUCACUCUAGCCUUUGAGCUAACGGGACACUUGCGGAUUGAAGACUUGGCCCGAGCAGUUGAAACAGUGGGCCAGCAUCAUGAAGCAUUGAGAACAUUUUUCUUCCUGAGUCAGGACAAGCAAGGAAUGCAGGGCGUUUGGACCAAGUCCUCGCUGCGACUAGAGCGCAGCUUGAUCAGUGACGAGAAAGAGGUUGAGACUUCUAAAGAUCAGAUGAAAUCUCAUGUCUUCAAUAUUGAAGAUGGCGAAACCUUCCGCAUACAGCUACUUUCCCUGCGAGGCGAUAAACACUGGCUAAUUUGUGGCUUCCAUCACAUCAACAUGGACGGCAUCAGUUUCGAGAUAUUCUGGUCGGACAUCGAGAAGGCAUACAGAGGACUGUCUCUGUCGUACGAUAUGCUUCAAUACCCCGACUUCACUUUGAGGCAGUUGCGUGAUCAUGAAAGUGGUGCCUGGGAAAAGAGCCUCCAGUACUGGAGAGCGGAAUUCACGGAUAUGCCCCCGGUCGCGCCUCUACUUCCAUUCUCUCGUGUGCCCGCUAGGCCCACUGUUACGGACAUCGGAACGCACAAUGUUUCCAUGCGUCUAGAAAAGGAGCUUUCAGAUGGAAUCAAAAACUGCGCAGGCAUCUUCAAAGUUACUCCGUAUCAUUUCCAUCUUGCAGUUUGGCAAACUCUUCUGUUGCGACUCUUCGAUGUGGAGAACAUAUGUAUCGGCCUUGGAGAUGGUAAUCGCACGGAUCCAGAUGUUAUGCAGAGCAUUGGGUUGUUCCUCAAUCUUGUUCCAAUCCGGUUCCAUCGCAAGCCUUCUCAAUCGUUCGGAGAGGCGUUAAAAGAUACAAAGUCCAUUUCUCAACAGGCGUUCUCACAUGCUCAUAUCCCAUUGAACGUCAUUCUCUCUGAUUUGAGUGUCCCUAGAUCUACAUCCCACGGUCCGCUGUUCCAAGUGUCUUUCAAUUAUCGUCCUGGGAUUGCAGAAUCUCGCAAGUUUUGCGGGUGUGUUGCCAGUGGGUCUUUAUUGACGACUGGCGGUAUCUCCUACGAUCUUCAUCUUGACGUUUUAGAUAACGGUGAUGAAGGGACAUCGAUUCACUUGCUGGUUCAAAAAGAUCUAUAUGAGAUGCAACAUGCGGAAAUCCUUCUUCGCAGUUAUCACAGCCUCCUACAAGCAUUCAUUCAGAAUCCUGCCACGAGGGUUUUCUGGCCACCAUUGUUUUCAAAGGACGAUAUUGAGAGGGGUUUGACUGUCGGUCGAGGAUGUGAAAUGGAGAGCCAAUGGCCCGAGACCUUAAUUCAUCGAAUCAACGAUGUUUCGGCAUCACACCCUAACCGAGUCGCUCUGAGAGAACCAGGAGGGGCUAAGCUCACAUACUCGCAGUUUUCUAGUCGAGUGUCCAGUAUUGCAACUGCAUUGGUUCAAAGAGGCGUAGGUCCUGGAGAUGCUGUCGGGGUUUUCCAAUCUCCGGCUGCGAAUUGGAUUUGCUCAAUGAUGGCAAUUUGGCAUGUCGGUGGAACAUACGUGCCUCUGGACAAGAAGUCUGGAAUACAUCGAUUAUCAACUAUAGUCUCCGAGACUGCGCCUUGUGUGAUCCUGACUGAUGCAACCACUGCACAAGAUAUCGACCAACUGCACGCCUCAACACAAUCGCUUGACGUGUCUUGUAUCGAGAAAACCUCCGAUAUCCCCGCGUCAAACAUGGCAAAGGCCACACAGCUAGCCGUUGUUAUGUAUACAAGCGGUUCGACUGGCGUACCCAAAGGCAUUAUGAUCAACCACUCGGCAUUUUCGAAUCAAAUUCACGUUGUCAGCAAGUCUUGGGGUAUUCGGGAAGCAAAGGAGACGGUAUUGCACCAAUCAUCCUGUGCCUGGGAUAUGUCCCUUCUUCAAAUUCUACUCUCACUCAGCAAUGCAGGAACAUUGGUCAUUGCUGACGCUAAAGAUCGGGUUAGUCCUGCAGCACUUGCGAGUCUCAUUCAAUCUGAGAAUGUGACCGUCACAGCCGCAACGCCUACAGAGUAUUUCUCUUGGCUUCGUCAUGGAGGCUCGCAGUUAAAAGACAGUCUUUGGAGUCUUGCAAUUUGUGGUGGUGAAGUUCUUUCCGACGGAUUGAUGCGCGAGUUUCAAUGUCUUGCGAAGCCAGAAUUGAGACUUAUCAAUAUCUAUGGUCCAGCCGAGGCAACAAUAGUCUGCAGCUCGGUGGAAAUCCCAUACAUGGACUUUGAUGUCAGGAGCGAAAAGAACUCUCUGCCUCUUUAUACCUUGCCCAACAACUCGGUCUACAUUGUCGACGAAAAGUUGAAUCCGGUUCCUAUUGGCAUACCUGGUGAGUUGGUGAUCGGAGGAGCCGGUGUUGCUUUGGGCUAUCUCGAUGCAGACAAAAACAAGGAGCAAUUCAUGUUGGACCAUCACUCUAGUGCCUCUUUCCAAAGCCAAGGAUGGGUCAACAUUCAUCGAUCUGGUGACCGGGCUCGACUGACAGACGAUGGGGGUCUUGUUCUCAUGGGUCGUAUCAAUGGUGACAAUCAAAUCAAACUGAACGGAAUACGCAUCAACGUCGAGGAAAUCGAGGCCACAAUCCUGAGGGCUUCCAAGGGCAAAGUUCUGCAGGUGAUCGUCUCCCCUCGAACCUCCACUGAGGAUCCCAGUCGAAACUUUAUGGUUGCAUUUGUUGUUUUGGAUGAUUUCGAGACAACCGAAGUCCAAGCAAGAUUUUUAGAUCAGCUUGUUCAAGACCUCCCGCUUCCACGAUACAUGCUUCCAGCUGCGAUAAUUCCAAUCGACACUCUGCCUCAGAACACGUCCGGAAAGGUGGACCGGUCGAUCGUCAACAGCAUGGUCAUUCCAAAUAACCCGUGCCAGGAAACCAAGAAUGACAGCCUUUUACCUUUGGAGGCUUCUCUCCGUCAGCUUUGGCAAGAAACGAUCCCUCAAGAUCUCAUCUCUCAUCACUCAAUCCAAUCACAAUCGGAGUAUUUCCAUUGUGGUGGAAGCUCUCUCUCCCUCAUUAACUUGCAAUCUUUGAUCAAGGAACGGCUCGACGUAUCAGUGUCUCUACAUCAGCUGUUUGAAGCGAGUUCCCUGCAAGACAUGGCCUCUCUGGUAGGAAAACGAUCAUCUGCCAAUAUUGCAACACCUGUCGAUUGGGAAAAAGAAAUCAACGGCUUGCUGUUAUCUUCUCAAGACACCCUUCCUGCCAUUACCAACCAAAAGGCGCCUUCCGGGACCAGCGUGGUGGUUCUCACAGGAGCAACUGGAUUCGUCGGGAAGGAGAUUCUGCGUAAUUUGUUGGAUGAUGAAAGGAUUCAAGCCGUACACUGCCUUGCUGUCCGCCGCUCACCCAACGAACUACCCGACAUUUUUGCGCAUCCAAAGGUCCAUGUGCACGAAGGAAAUCUUGGGGCAUCAAAGCUGGGACUAUCGGAAUUUGAAGCAGUCUCAAUAUUCAGUCACGCCGAUAUCAUUAUCCACAAUGGGGCUGAUGUUUCUUUCAUGAAGACCUACCAAUCUCUCAAAUUGACAAAUGUGGCGUCUACGAAGGAGCUUGUGAAGCUUGCUUUGCCACGUCGCAUUCCUUUCCAUUUCGUAUCGUCUGCGACUGCUACCAGACUUUCAUCCCUACCCAGCUUUGGAGAAUCGUCUCUCGCUGCAUACAGUCCUCCCAACCUUCCAGAUGAUGGCUAUAUGGCAGCCAAGUGGGUAUGUGAGGUAUACUUGGAGCGGGCUAGUGAACAAUUCGGUCUUCCAGUCUGGAUUCACCGCCCAUCCAGCGUUUCAGGGGCGAAUGCGCCGGAGCUCGAUAUGAUGAGCAACAUCAUGCGAUAUUCCCAAGAGACGAAGAAGAUCCCAGACACCAAGUCGUGGCCUGGGGGCUUUGAUUUGAUCUCAGUGGAUUUGGUGGCGGAACAGAUUGUGGAAGCUGUGCAUGAGUCUGGCUUGUCUGCAGGAAACGAAGGUGUCCGAUUCCGUUUUGAAUCUGGGGAACUUGUGUUUGAACAGGGGAAAUUUCAAGAGGCAAUGGAGACUAGAACAGGGGAACAAUUCGAAGUGGUAUCUAUUCCGGAAUGGGUGGAUCUUGCUGAGAAGGCAGGGAUGAGCACGUUACUUGGAAUGUACUUACGGAAGGCUUCAAAUGGGCAGGUUUUGCUCCCCAGAUUGGUUAAGGGAGAGAGGUAA